AGAUGGAACUGUACGGAUAUCAUUAAAGUCAUCCUAUGUUCCUGUGCACCUAAAUUCUGGAAAAGUAAUGCUAAGAUCAGGAACUGUCUGCACACUGAGCGACGGUUUUUGCAUCGAUUUUGACGAUGGAUAUUCAUAUUGGAAACCGAUGCCCACAUCGUCUUGCAAUUUCCACCAGUACAACGUACUGUAUGAAGGAACGGCAGUUAAAAUGAAUGGAAUAAUGGAUACCAUUCAUCAGACUAUUUAUACUCUUGUCAGUCAGGAUACAACAUUUGCCUUGACAGCAGGAGGAAGUCAAGCCGUGUGUGGAUACACCCUACUCACCACGGAGCAUCCUAAACUAUUUAUCUUGGAGGCAGAAAAGGGAAACACCUUCGCGGAGCGAAGAGACAUCCCUGUGGAGAACCUCGAUAUUUUCACCUACGUCAACUCUAAAUUCGUGUACGUAGAAAAACAUAUACGACAUCAGAUGACAUCGUUGUAUCGUGACGUUAUUCAACAACGUUGCGAGCUGGAAAAGGAAGUGUUAAAAAACACACUGUCCUUCGCUACUCUUCAGCCAGACGAAUUCGCUUAUCGGCUCAUGAAAGGACCAGGUUACAUGGCCGUCACUGCAGGGGAAGCCGUUCAUGUCAUCAAGUGUAUACCAGUGGACGUCAUCGUACGCCGCACUAAGGAAUGUUAUAUUGAGCUACCGGUUACAGUACGCAACACUUCCCUCUUUAUCACACCAAAAUCACACGUGUUGACCAAGAUGGGAACCAUACGAGAGUGUAGCUACGAAUUGCCAACCCUUUAUCGAAUUGAGGAUACAUGGAUUGAACUUAUUCCGGAGCCACGUGUUCGCAGAACAUCGUUGCAGCAGUUACAACCUAUGACAAGUAUGUCAUGGAAUUAUUUAACGCCGGGACCACUAGCUUCCAGCGGAAUAUAUUCCCAGGCGGAUCUUGAUAAAAUCAGGGAUCAUAUAAUGUUCCCUGCUGAAAAGCCAGCGUUACUUAACAGCAUGGCUCGUGGAAUCACCGGACACGUCAUGCCUGACGAUACCAUGUCCAUUUACAACUUAUUGGAUGAAGCAUCAUUAAACAAAAUUGCUGAGUCAACUGCCAAACGGAUCUGGGGCGGAUUCAUCACAUUUGGAUCAGCCACAGCAGGAGUUUUUGGAGUAUUAUUAGUAGUACGACUAAUCAAGCUAGCCAUCGACACGAUGAUACAUGGUUAUGCUCUACAUUCAGCCUACGGAUGCAGUCUGUACGUGCUAGGAGCUAUCUGGAGCUCCUUGACUCAUCUGCUACUCUAUUUGGCCAGAGGUACAGCCAAACGCAGCCACACGGAUGGACGAGCAGAUCCCGAGGAACAACGAUCAUCGGAACCUGUGGAACCAGUAUUAUCGCAGUCUUUGUCGCAGAACAACCCUAGCAAUCAGUCAACUUCGCCGCAGGUGACUGACAGUGAAACCAUUGUAUACACAGACUUACAAAAACGUUUGCGUGAAUAUUAGAACCAUUUCCUCGAUUGCAUCGGAAAUGUUCUUAAAUAAGGGGGGGGAUGUGACGUCCUGGCGUCCACCUCACACCCAUUUUUAAUUUUUUUAUUUGCAAUAUUAAUUAUUAA